UUUGUUCUAGUACAUGUUCAGAUUCAAUGGUGAAUCCUUCACGGAAUGUAAAAGAAUUCACAUAUAUGAAGGAGCAAAUCAAUUAAGAUAUUUCCGUUAUAUAGGUGCAUUUUGUGCAGUCCACACAAUCAUGUGGGGUUUUAUAACUUACAAUCGGCAAAUCAUACAAAAUGCUAAUAACGCAUUCAAGCUUCGCAAAGAAACCAUGUUUCAAGACUAUUCGUGGUACAAAUCUUAUAAGAAGGUUACAGACAGUAUUAAUGCGAAUUUGGAGACUGAACAAAUUGAUUCUUGGUUAACAGCUGUACUUGCCUUUUCUACAUUACUUGGAGGAAUCCUUUUACCGCGUCGUAUGAUUCGCAACGUAACUCUAAUAACCGCACAGAAUAACAAAACUUCGACACUAGAGAAAUUUAUUGAGAUUGGCACCUAUGGAGGUUUCGGUAUUAAAAGUAGCGGCAGGACAUUCAAGCGACCAUUGAAAUAUAUAUCGUUUGAUUGCAAAUCACCAUACUCUGAUGUAUCCAAAGUAAAUAUUCACGUCAAAUAUGUACCUAUCCGUUUCUUACUUGAUUUACAAAGAGUAGAACAUAUUGAUGACAAUGAAUUGUUGUCCCUAAUGUACCAAGUUAAUAAGAAGUGAAAUGAUCAAUUUUGUAAUGAAUGUAAUGUGCUAUUUUGUGUUACUGGGUAAAUAAUAUGAAUGCUUUUAGACAAGAUUUAUGUAAAAUUAGGGAUUUUUAAUUCAAUGUAACAAUUUGGCAUGAAUAACAUCUCAUUCAUAAAUGAUGCUAUUUACAAACAUCCCAUUUUUGUUUA